UACCGAUGGCCACACUAUGACAAUAUGUCGCUCUACUAAAUGGAGGCAAUUUAAAUACUUUGCAUUUCAGUCUCUGCCGCUAGAUGGCGCCAGUGUAAAGCAAAUCUGGAGCUUAGUUUGAAUUCACGAGGAAAUAGGAAGUGAAAUGUACUAAAUACCAAAUACCGACGGAUAAGAGUACACGUACGCGUUUAUUAUGACGCAACCAUCAUUUUAUACGUGAUAUAUAUAUCUGAGAAUUGAAUUGUAGUUAAAUCUGACGAGUUGCUUGUACCAGAAAACCGAGGCAUUGUUUUAAAAGAGUUACACAUAAAGUUGCGUGUGGUUUGAAGAACGUCUGUGCAAGAUGACUGAAGCAGAGCUGGAGACGCUGAGGGUUCCUCCGUACCUGUCCGCCAAGGUGGAGGGGUCGUUUGCUUAUCUGACCAUAAGAGACAGACUGCCCACCAUCCUGACCAAGGCCGUCGACUCCAUCCAUCGCAACAAAGACAAGUUCUUUGAGCAGUAUGGCGAGGAGGGGCUCCGGGCAGAGAAGGCGGCCAUCGGCCUGCUGUCCAAGCUGAGGAACGAGCUGCAGACAGACAAGCCGGUGCUGCCCCUGGUGGACGAGCUGGAGGACGCGGAGGGCUGGAACCUCUACCUGCAGCGCCAUGAGGCGCUGCAGGGGGAACAGGACCCCGUCAGCUGGUUCCGGUCCCCGUGGCUCUACGUUGAAUGCUACAUGUACCGCCGGAUACAGGAGGCCCUCUGGCUGAAUCCCCCUAUCAGCGGGUUUGAUGCGUUCCAAGAGGCCAAGACUCAGAGCUACUUUGAGUCCCAGCGGGCGGUCAUGGCUCUGUGCACGCACCUGGAAGGCCUCCGCAAGACCGUGGCAGGGCUCCCUGAAGACCAGCUGCUGGAGCACUUUGACCGACUGCUCCAGGUCUCCUUGUGGGGCAACAAGUGCGACCUGUCCAUCUCGGCCGGCCAGGACAACUCCCAGAAGACCAGUCCCAUCGACUCGCUGGCCGAGCUCCGCCCCUUCAUCCUGGUGGACGACACCCGCGCCGUCUGGUCGGCGCUGGUCUCGGCGCGGGACCGGGGAGGCCCGGGCCGGGUGGACAUCAUCCUGGACAACGCGGGCUUCGAGCUGACCACGGACCUGGUCCUGGCCGACUUCCUGGUGGCCUCGGGGCUCGCCCGCAGCGUCCGCUUCCACGGCAAGUCCAUGCCCUGGUUCGUGUCGGACGUGACGGCGCAGGACUUCACCUGGACCGUCCGGCAGACCGUGGCGUCCAACCACAGGUUCAUGUCCGCGAGCGGCGUCCAAUGGCAGCGCUACGUGCGGGAGGGCGUGUGGACCUAUCUGGACCACCCCUUCUGGACGCAGCCCCACCCCUUCUGCGACAUGGCGGCGGACGCGCCGGACCUGCACGCGGGCCUGCAGGGCGCCGCCCUGGUCCUGUUCAAGGGGGACCUGAACUACAGGAAGCUGACGGGCGACCGGGAGUGGCCGCCAACGGCGGCGUUCGCCGCGGCGCUGCGGGGCUUCGCGCCGGCGCCGCUGUGUAGCCUGCGGACGCUGAAGGCCAACGUCCAGGUGGGGCUGCAGCCCGGCCAGGCGGAGCAGCUCAGCCAGCGCCAGCCGGACUGGAUGACCUGCGGCCAGUACGCCGUGGUCCAGUUCCACAGCCCCCCCCGCCGGGGACCGUGAGACCGCCGGGCCUCCAGGGGGAGGCGUUGACUCGGAGGGGGUUGGGGGGGAACGAGGAUCCAGCGGGGGUUGGGGGGGGGGGGUCCGAGCCAUUGGAUUGGCUAGGGGUGGAGCGGACACAGAUUGUUUGGAGAUGGUAUCCUGGCCGUUUGCGCCGUGCUUGGAAAUAAGAGCCACCAUGCAAGGGGGGGGGGGGGGGGGGGGGGGGGGGGGGGGGGAUCUGUCAUCUUGUUUACCAAUGAAUCUCUUUUUUCUUUUAUUAUGAUUAACUUACUAAAUGUGCACUUUUCACUGUUUGGAAAAUGGGUUACUGGCUGUGCAGAAGUUUCUUUAAAUCAGGGCGGCUCAUAUCUUAAAUCUCAGAGCGUAAAACCAAUGGGUGCAACGUUAAACCUUAUUUUUCUAAGACGAUGUAUGACAAGGUCAGAGACGAUGCAUGAAGUUGAAUGCUGCAGAAAGUAAGGUAAUAUUAAUCCUGUUUAAAAGUGGCGUACUAAACAAUGUUGAUCAAAUAUAGUUUAAAAAACAGUUUACAGUUUUUGAUAAAAUAAAUAAUGAUUCUCUCAUAUUUGUAUUAUUAUUUAUAAUUAUUCAUGAGAUUAUGGACCAUGUAUGCAUUGUGGUCUAUUAUCUCAUUUAUUUCGUUCCAAUCAUUACAGUAUUGUUCCAUGUUGUGCUUAUUGUUGGACUGUGUGCUUUCAAUGGGUUAAAUGAGGACCCCUACUGGUGCAGAAUGGCAUAACGGCAGCGAUUACUGAUUAAAAAAUCAUCUCAAGGAUACAAAUAAAUAUCUCGAUACCAUCCCUGCAUUCGUAAUCUCUAAGUACUUUGCUUGUUUGUUUGACUCAGCAUUUUUAGUUUGUAAUGUACGCAUCAACUGGUCUUUUUCCAGUCAAUUGUAAAAAAAACUAAGUCUGGCUUCCCUCUGAAGAAGAAUGCACGUUGAUCUAUGAAAGGCUUUAAUAAUCAUCCAUCACGACAACUGAAUUCAAGAGUUAUACCUCAGGAAAGAGCCUUCCUUGACACACAAUUUGCUCAAUGUUCUCGCAAUUUUCAUUUUAGCCUACGGGAAAGAAAUACGUUUUUUCGAGUCAUCAGUAUUUUAUUCUUAUUUUUUUACUUGACCUGACAUGUCCUCAAAUUGGGUUAUUUACCGAGAAAGACGAUGUAACAAGAUGAGAGCGCGUAAAAAAAAUCUCCUGCCGACGGGGCAAUUUACCCUACUUGAGAGGUCGUUGGCAGCUUGGCAAGCACCUGUUUUCACCAGGUUUACCCAUGCUCAUGUCAUUACACAUCUGGGAAUUACGACGUGCGUAUUUUCCCUCGUUAUGAUGAAGAUUGCGAUGACAAAGUCAUAAGCUUACGCGGAUGACAACGAUAGAUAGGUUCAGCGUUUUUUUCUUUCUGGAACAAUUAUAAAAGUCACAAAUUUGCAGAGAUAAAGAUAAUGUCUGAAAAAGGUCCGAACCUGACCCUGACUUCAGUUCCCAAGCCUUCAAGGACGGGAGAGAUUCCUUCAAAGCCAAUGCACCUGGAGAAAUGCGGGCCAUGGAGGAAGCACACUUUAACAGAACGAUGUUAAAGACGUCUUAAAAUGUAAAAUGAGUCAAUAAAAUCCAAAUGACAAAAGCAAAAAAGUAAAUGAAUAAAACCUUCCCUGCAUACAAUAUAAAA